UAACGUAGAACAGUGAUCGGCAGCCCAUUGUUGUCGAUGUUCUACGUAAAGAAACAGGUGAACAAUACGAAGCAGCAAAGAUAACAGAACAGAAUGAUUCUCCAGAAGUAUCCGCACUUUAAGAAGAAUUGAACAAGUGCACAACACGAACACAGAAACCCGCGCAAUUUAAAGUGUGAUAAAAACCCAAAUUCUCGCAAAACACAAAACCCAUCAACACAAAUCCACUCACGGAGAGAAAAUACACAAACCCAACGCAACCCAAGAAGGAGGAAUCUAUACCGAACACAAACCCAACAACACGGAGGAUUAAAACACUAUACAACAUAAAACAAGGAAAUAACAUAAAACAGCAAUCGCCAUGAGCAGUAUUUCGAGUGAUGACGUUUCACCUAACGACCAUUAUGCGUUGGACAUUAUAGAAGGACAUUUUCUGCAAGACUUUGAUGUGAGAGACAUCUGGGAACAUGUACAAGAUAUCUUUACCACACCUGAAAAACAAUAUAUAAAUGCCAAUCUACAAAGCGAUAAUGAGAGUACACAACAUUCCACCACCGACAGUCAAGAAGUGUUUCGUGAGGAGCAAGUUUCGCGUCUAUUUGCUAUAUUACGCAAUAAGGAUCAUACUCAAAUAUGCAAAUUCAAAGAGAAUUUGCGCAUGGAUUAUAUAUGGCUCAUGCGUCUUUUCGACAAUAUCAAUAAAGUGGAUUCUAGUAUUUAUGUGGAUUUGGUACACGAUUUGCAUUCGAAAGUUAGCCUUAAAUAUGACGACUACAAUGUACAUCGUUCAAAGCCGUUUCGAAAUUUACGCAGUGCCUUACUUACGAUGCCAAUCCAAGGUCGUGUGAUAUUAACUAGCGAUUUCGGUUAUGGGAAAAAAUGGCUCGCCAUCGACGUUUGCACGGAUUUUGAAGUGGCCCAAGCAAUGAAUUUUCGAAUUUUCUGGAUCGAUUUGGGCGAGUGCACGAACGCAUUGGAAGAUUUACGUAUGUUACGUUAUUUAAAACUUUUGCUGACCAAACCGACACGUUCACCUUCGCCAUCCGGUUAUGGCUCACUAGAACGUUUCGAUCCGAAUACGAAUGCAAUUAAAAAUUCAAUAGAUGAAACUAAACAUCUUGUAAGUCAUAAGCUCAAAAAGAAUGCGAAUAAAAAGUGCCUUGUCGUAUUGGUGAAUGUACGAAAUACCCAUUCGUUGGAGGUCUUCAAUUUGCCAUGCAAAUUACUUGUGCUUACACGCAGUAAAAAAGUUAGUGAUUCAUUUGCGCAAAAAUUUAGCACAACAUUGCGUUUGCGAAAUGGUCUAACAAAAUUUGAGUUCUAUAUGCUCUUUGAAAAGUAUUUGGGUCAUCAGAAUUUGGUGAAAAAAUAUAUGGAUUUGAUUUAUGCGCACAGCAAUGAACAUCCAUACUUGCUGAGCUGGAUUGGGCAGAGUCUACGUCAAAAUUUGGCGAACUGGCAGGAUUUGAUUGAUAAAAUGCAACAAUCAAAAUUUGAUGGCAAAUUCAAUGCGGCCAUUGAAAAGAGUCUCGAUAGUUUACAACCGGAGUUGAGAAAGACGUUCAUCAAUACAUUCACUUACUUUCCGCAUGUCAUGUAUGUGCCACAAAAGUUGAUCGCUGCGAUUUGGUCUGAGGGCAGGUGCGAGAAAGACUUGGAUAAGUUGUAUCGACAUGGUUAUCUAGAAAAACUAAUUUCACCAUGUGGUGAGGUCAGCUAUAAACAACUGUUUGUUUACGCCAAACUAAUGCAUAGCGAUGAAGUGUCAGCGAAUGAUAUAAUUGAAGUGAAAAGAAAACUGAUGCAGUAUUAUGGUUUAGAUAAAGAUCUGGAGGCGCGCACAGUUUUGUCAGUCAAGCGUGAUAUACGUGAUAUAUUUGCUAUCAUGUAUUUGUUAUCAUUUUAAUCAUUGUGUUGCUGAGGCAACUUCAAACCCUCUCAAAUACUCUCUAAAAAGUAAUAGAGAGGCAAUGCAGAGGAGACAAACCGCAAAUCCACAAAACACAAACCCGAACGAAUUAAAGUGUAAAUAAUGAAUUGUAAAAAGAAGACCACCCACAAAAAAGGAAAUAACAUAAAUUAGAUCAAAAUUUUACAUAUUCACUAACACUAAGUUUAACUAA